AUGCGCGGAGUCGUCGGUUCGUGGCCUACAAUAGCUAUCUCCAUUGGAUUAACGAUGCAGGCAGGCAUGGGGUCUGUAAUGAAGUGGUACGAGGUUUCGUUCGUUAAUGGUGGCUACACUAUCAUCCUAUUCUUCGUCAGUUUCGCCUUUCCGGAAACCCCAUAUUUCGUCCUCAUGAAUGGCACGCCAGAGAAAACCUUGGAAGUGUUGAAGAAAUUCAGAUCGUCAUCGUAUAAUGUCGAGGCAGAACUGGAGCAAAUGUUGGAAUACAAAGUUUCGCGUUCAAGUGUCAAACCUUCGAUCGGUGGAAUUUUGAUGGGUUUGACACGCGUCAUGUCGGGCAUCGCUUUUUCAAUUUUAAUUUUGAAAUACGGCCGAAGAACCUUAGCGCUGGUGUCAAGUUUAGGCGUUAGCGUUGUGUGUCUGGCACUCUGGGUGUUUCUUAUGUACGCGGAAGAAAAAAGUGUGUUCCCGCAAUUGUGCUAUAUGGCCUACAUUGCAUUCGCAGGCGUCGGCUAUUACAACCUUCCAAUUCUAUUUAUAUACGAACUGGCCCCUUUACAAAUUCGAGGCAUUUUGGGAAGUAUAGGGAUUUCCAUUUUGAACGUGAUAAUAUUUGGCGUCUCCCAUAGUUACCCAUAUGCCGAAAACGCACUUGGUUUUAAAUAUGUUAUUCUUGGCUUCGCACUGGCGUCUUUUAUAGGGUCCAUCUACCUUUACUUCUUUCUGCCGGAAACGGGCGAUCUGACGUUGCAAGAGAUCGAGGAGUACUACAACGAGAGGAGGCCCACUUUGACGUCCCAAAGGCGAAUCGUGUCCAUGCAAGCCAUAUCUAGAUUGAACACAGACAACAUGGAAAGCAGAUCGCUGAUCAAAAUCAGACGUUUCAGU